AUGUCUGUUGCCUGUGAAAUUAUGAUUUUCAACACUGACAGAAUUAACCUUUUGCUAGCGAGCAGUGAUUUAUAUGUUUCUCUAGCUUUGAAAGUUCCCCCAAAACGAAUGCUAUCAAUCAAGUCUACAUCAGAUCUUCUAAUUCUACGAUCGGACAUUUUUGAGGCCAGCUGCUCAGGUUUGAUUCUUUCCCCACGCCGUAAAUCCCUCGAUCUGCCAACAAUUAAAUUAGGAAGUCGAUUAAAAAGCAUUGAGGAUCUCCAGCGACGAAUACCUUCAACACCAAGUAUGGUCAAUCUUAGCCACCUUACUCUCUCCGGCGACAUUUAUUUUGAAAGAAAUGUCAUUCUCAAAGGAAGCGUAAAAAUAUUGGCAAAGAAUAACGAGACGAUCGUAAUUCCAGAAGGAACUGUUCUUGAAAACCAAGUGGUGAUUGGCAACUUUCAGAACCAUAGACGUAGUGUUUUUGUUUAA